GGCUCUGAGCACGCCCCCUCCUCCCGGGGAGCUUCCCUUGCGGUAACGUAGCUGGGCUCCGCCCCUUACCCCCGGCCUGUCCUGUCACGUGUCAGAGCACGUGGCAGGGCCGGAGCUGAGGGGAGGACGAGGGACACCGAGUCUGGCGCCCGAGGAAAUUGUGUAUGAGAUACUAUGGCAAGUCAACUAGUGAAAUCUUUGGAGAGUAAAAGUUGUAAGCGACCAAGAGAGAUAGAGAAUGAAACUUCAGUGGGUCCACAGUUGUCUUCUCUUGCAAAAUCAGAUUCUACUUUUUCUGAAAGUGCUAUGCCAUCAUUUUAUAAAGCCGAAGUCCUGGAGAAAGUUUUAAAUGAUAUGAGCAAGGAGAUUAAUCUACUGUUGACUAAAUAUGCACAGAUUUUAAGUGAGAGAGCAGCAGUGGAUGCUUCUUACAUUGAGGAGUUUGAUGCAAUCUUCAAAGAAGCCAGUACUUUAGAAAACCUUCUGAAACAAAAAAGAGAGAGUCUGAGGCAAAGAUUCACAAUGAUUGCAAAUACUCUACAAAGCUAAAAUGAAGUAUAUGUACAAAAUAAUAUGAGAUACCAAGCUGUUUGUGUACCAUUUCUGUUGUGUAUUUAAAGAAUGCUAAUAUGUGCUUUGAAAAUAUAAUAUUCAUCACCUAUCUUUAGUAGUUAUAGAAAAUGUAUACAGUUCAUUUGUAGAAGGGAAUAUUCAAGAAUUUUUGUUGGAUUUGAUAGUUUUUAAGCUAGAUAUCAGUUUCACGUAUUUGGUUUUUGUCUUGAAGUUUCAAUAACUGGCAUACUUCAUAAAAAUGCAAAAUUUUGUUUGCCUAA